CUUAUAAAAUUUAUCAAUCAUUCAAAGUACCCGAAGGACUUAAAGAUGUGCCAACAUUAAGUUAUUUUGGAUUUAUUAUAUCUUUGCUUUCUAAUGAUGGUCCUGACAAACUUUGGGAAAAUUCACAAAAAGUUCUUGAGAACGAAGGAAUUGGAAAAGUACAACAAUCUUAUCAUUCUUAUACGAUUUAUUAA